UGUAUCAUUGAUGAAAGUCUGGAUGUAGCUGGUUGGAGCGUUGAUAAUGGAAAUAUUGUAUCCAUACUGGAAGGUGCCUCCAAUGGCAGCUGAGCACACAGUCAGGGCAGUUGUUCUGUCACUUGUUUCUUCUCCUUCUGUAUUUCCUAUUCACUUCACGAGAGUCAAAGUUAACAAACAGAGCACAAAGCGUGUUUCCUAAAAUUCCUUUUCUCAACACUGUAGCAAGCCACUGUCAUGGUAAACAUCAUUGUAAUGCCUAAAGAGAAGCACAUUUGGUUUGUAUUAGUAUUUAUAUCUUAUAUCACUCUAGCGACCUGUUAUCUUUAACAGCACGUGAAAAUGGUCUCUGAUAACAAACCUGGAUUUAUUGCAAUGUAAAUAUCCGCAUUGGCGCAUGGAAAGCUACGGUUGUAAUACUCCCUCAACUGUAGCUGUCAGAAACAUUUUGUCCACUUUAAUUAAAAAAAAAAAAAAAAAAAAGCCUAAUUAUAUUUAAUCCUAAUUCCAUUAACACUGACAUACUAUUUCUCUUCGUGGUGGUUUAGUUAGAAGAUGUAUUUAAUAAUUUAGAAACGGUGUGUUUUCCUUGUAGACUACAUGGAGGGAUUACUUCAUACCAAUAUAUUUGCGUCACAUAACCUGCGUCUGGAUCCGGAUUGGCUUUGACUAUAGUGCCUACGUCAUAAUCAUGCGACUACUGUUGCACCGUUUAAAGGAGACUCAAUGACACCUUCGCCAACCAAAAAGAAAGAGGAUGACAGGAGUAAACAACGAGGUAAACAGAAAGCUGGAGUUUUGAAAGAUGUAGUUGAUAAAGAGCGAAACAGGGCGACAAACAGAACACGACCUGGUGCUUCUAGUCGGAGCAGCAGUUCCAGUAGCUCAGGUUCUAGUUCCGGCUCAUCCAGUGGGAGCUCUUCCAACUCAGGUUCCUCCAGCCCAUCCUCUUCGUCAUCCUUGCCAAGCCCCAGCCGUCAGCGGCAGAACAAACAACACUCCUGCUCAAAGUCCAAAUCGACCAGGAAAGACGAUCGAGGACGUCGAAAGAGGAGUCCCACUCCAAAACCCACCAAGGUCUACCUGGGCCGGCUGACAAGAAAUGUAAUCAAGGAGCACCUCCAGGAAAUGUUCUCCACCUAUGGCAAGAUCAAGAUGAUUGACAUGCCCAUGAACCGUGUUCACCCUCAUCUGUCCAAAGGCUACGCGUACAUCGAGUUUGAGAACUCUAAAGAAGCAGAACAAGCACUUAAAUACAUGGAUGGAGGACAGAUUGAUGGUCAGGAGAUAACAGUCAUAGCUGUCCUGACACCAAGGGCGCGCACACCUGCUAGGAGGCUGUCCCCGCCCCGCACGAUGCCGCAUCCACCUCAGCUGUGGCGACGCACUCCGCCUCGUAUGAGGAGAAGGUGAAACUGCAGUGUCUUGGUGGUGCUGGACAGAAAACUACUGCUUCCGCCUCUCCUGUUAAUAUAUUUCUCAUCUUAUAGGUCUCCACGGCGACGCUCAC